AUGGACAUCGACGACAUCCUCGCCUCCGUCGACCGCGGCGCCGGCGCCAGCCCGGAGUCCGCCGCACUAGACCACCAGCAACUGACACGCUUCUGGGUCGCCGAGCGCGCCGUCUCGGAGGUCCUGCCCUGGCCCGCGCCGCUGAUGGAGCGAAUGAUGGACCGCGUGCGGAUCCAGAUCGAAACAAUCGAAGACCUCGCCGCGUCCUCCGCCGACACCGAUGUGGCCGGCACGGCGCACAACCACCACCACAAUCCAAACCUUAACCUGCGCCUCUCUAUCCUACAAACCGACCUCGCGCGCACUCAAUACAUCAUCCGCUCCCUCCUUCGCCAGCGCCUCGCCAAGCUGACAAAGCACAGCAUGCACUACCUCGUCCAACUAGCCAGCCGCAACAAAAACCCACUUACCGCGCAGAGCCAAAGCCAAAGCCAAAGCCAGACACCGUCCAGCAAUUCGCCCAACGCCGCGCCUGAAGACUCGGUGCCUGAUAUCUCUGCGCUGGCGGACUUCGCGCCGCUGUCGGAGCCGGAGACCAGCUUUGUGCAUGCGCACCAGACGUUGCUGGCGGGGCAUUAUGGGGGCUCGUUCAUGGGCGCGUUUCCGCGGCAGCUGAGACGACUGGAUGAUAAUGCGGGCGGGACAAGUAUGGUGCAAGGGCCGGAGACUAAAGAGGUCGUUUUUGUGAGGUGUCUGGGGGCGGAGGUGCCUGUUUUUGUGGGUGGGGAUGAUGGCGAUGGGGGCGAUGAGAUUGGGAUUACGAUGCGAAUGGGGGAUGUAUGGGUUGUGAGGUGGGAGGGGGUGAGGAAGGCGUGGGGGAAGGGGGAGGUUGAAUUGUUGUGA